AUGAAUAACUUUCUUAUUAAAUAAGAAGAUCAACAAGCCUUGUAUAAUUUACAAAUACCCAAAUAAAUCUCUAUGUUCCCAAGUCAAUAGUAUUUUUUAACAAUAUUAUAGCUCAAAUAUGAUAUAAUUCCAAAAGGAAACAAUGAUAAUACAAAAAUUCUUGAAAGCUUUGCACAACCUACAAGUAGCUUAAAGCGAAUUAUAUAAUUCUCCGAAAUAUCCGUUUGUGAUCUAAGUUUAGAAUAAUCAAUUUUUGGUAUAUCCUAUUUCUUAAUAGGUUCAUUUGGGGAAAACAUAAUUCGAUAGAAAUAACAUGUUUGAACAUAUCUAUCCUCCUCAGUGCUACUAUGUUCCAUAGUAUGCUUAAGUUAUUUCUUAAUAUCCAAAGCUAAAACUUCACAUUCAAAAGAAAAGAUAGGUAAGAUUAAUGUAGGAUUAGAAGGACACAAAGAAUAUUCCAAAGAAUUACUGUAAAAGCAUAAUAACUUUUGCAUGUAAGAAUCAAUAGAACCUUUGCAUUCGAAUUCUAAAGGAUUAAGUGAAAGUUGUGAAAUUUAUAAAUAAGAUUUCUUAAUAUAAGAAAUAGUUACUAAACAUAAGGGUUUUCAGUGCAUUAUUAUAAAGAUCUGAAGAUCCCGAAGAGGAAGAGUAUAGACAAGCAUUCAGAAUAAUUAGGUAUCAUAGUGAAAGUAUCAGUAGUUAAAUUUUUAUUAAGAAAUAGGCCAUAAAUUAUAUAUUUAAUUCAAAAAUUGUUCAAUACAAUUGGCAUAUGAAAUAUAGAUAAAAAAUAUAUAAGGGUAUCAAGGAUCCUAAUAGUUUUUCUCACAUUAAGAAUUUGUGA